GGCUUGGGGAGUUUGAGAAGGGGUAUUCCAGAGCUCUCACUGGUGGGGGAGCUCCAGUUUUUAGGGUGUUCCCCUCUCAACUCUUCAGUGCCCUGUUUCCACGCCUCAGUUCAGCAGGCUGUCAGAUGCAUUCUCCACAGAAGGCAGCAAAUGGAGAAGUUGGGGCGCAGAAUGAGGCCUUGGAGCUCUCUUGCUCUGGGAUUCUCAAAAUCAGUUUCUCUGGAGCUGGGUGCUCCUCUGUUCUCAGUCCUCUCAGGAGCCUUCAGGGUGAGUUUGAGAGGAGUGACUGCCAGAGGAGGAGCGGCUGGGCCUGAGUCAUGGCAGGAAGCUGAGGAGGGCGGGAGCUGUCUCUCGUAGCCUAUAAAGAGGAGAAGGAGCCGGCCCUGAAGUUCACAAUAGCAGUUGCAGCAACUGGACAGGCAGGCUCCCAUCUGCCCGGCCCUGCAAUCAGAUCCACCUGAGAGGACCUACUGGGUGGCCGCCUACCUGUACCUGCCCCAGGAUGGGGACCGUGUCCGGAGCAGCCUUGGUCUUGGCCUGUAUAACUGUUGCUUCUGUGGCCUCUGAUGGAGGUUUCAAGACUUCAGGGCAGAGAGAGCUAGGGCCAGAGCCCCUGACCCACCCCCUCCAAGAAGUGGGCUAUGCUGCACCCCCCUCCCCACCUCUGACCAGAGCCGUCCCCCAGGGUCACCCAGACACCGCCCAGCGUAGCCUUCACUUUGAGGGACAGAGUGAAGUGCAGCCCCCUCCCUCACAGGAGGCCAUCCCCCUCCAAGAGGAGCUGCUCCCCCCCCAGCUCCCUGUGGAAAAGAAAGGGGGUCCCCCUCUCCCUCAAGAAGCCGUCCCCCUCCAAGAGGAGCUGCCCCCUCCCCAGGUUCCUAUUGAACAGAAGGAAGAAAAGCCAGCUCCUUCGAUGGACCACGGCCCCCCAGAGCCCGAGUCCUGGAAUCCAGCACAGCACUGCCAACAGGGCCGACCCCGAGGUGGCUGGGGUCACCGGCUGGAUGGCUUCCCCCCUGGGCGGCCUUCCCUGGACAAUCUGGACCAGAUCUGCCUUCCUAGUCGUCAGCAUGUGGUGUACGGCCCUUGGAACCUGCCACAGACUGGCUUUUCCCACCUCAGCCGUCAGGGUGAGACCCUCAAUUUGCUGGAGACAGGAUAUUCUCGCUGCUGCCGCUGUCACAACCCCACGAACCGCUUGGAUUGUGCAGAACUCGUGUGGGAAGACGCAGUGACCCGGUUCUGUGAGGCCGAGUUUUCGGUCAAGACCCAACCCCACGGGUGCUGCAAAAAGCAGGGGGAGGCUCGAUUAUCCUGCUUCCAGGAGGAAGCUCCCCGGCCACACUACCAGCUCCGGGCCUGCCCCAGCCACCAGCCUGGUAUUUCUUUGGGACCCGAGCUGCCCUUUCCCCCUGGGCUACCCACAGUGGACAAUAUCAAGAACAUCUGCCACCUAAAACGCUUCCGCUCGGUGCCACGCAACCUCCCAGCCACGGACUCCAUCCAAAGGCAGCUGCAGGCCCUGACCCGGCUGGAGGCAGAGUUCCAGCGUUGCUGCCGGCAGGGGAGCAACCACACCUGUACCUGGAAGGCCUGGGAGGAUACCCUCGAUGGGUACUGUGACCGGGAGCAGGCUAUAAAGACCCAUCACCACUCGUGUUGCCGCUACCCCCCUAGCCCCCUCCGCGAUGAAUGCUUCGCCCGUCGGGCUCCCUAUCCCAACUAUGACCGGGAUAUCUUGACCCUUGACCUCAGCCGAAUCACCCCCAACCUCAUGAAUCACCUCUGUGGAAACCAAAGAGUUCUCAGCAAGCACAAGCAGAUUCCUGGGCUGAUUCAGAAAGUAACUGCCCACUGCUGUGACCUGCCGUUGUCAGAACAGGCCUGCUGUGCUGAGGAGGAGAAAUCAGCCUUUAUCAAUGACCUGUGUGGUUCCCGACGUAACUUCUGGCGAGACUCUGCCUUCUGCUGUAAACUGAGUCCUGGGGAUGAACAGGUCAACUGCUUCAACACGAAUUAUCUGAGGAAUGUGGCUUUAGUGACUGGGGACACUAGGGAUGCCAAGGGCCCCAGGGAGCAGGGCCCAACUCAGGGAACAAACAGCAGCCCCACCUCUGAGCCCAAGGAAGAGUGAGUCACCCCAGAGCCUUGGAGGAUCAGAUUGGGGGAACCCCACCCCACCCCACCCUUCUGGAAUACUCAUUACAGUAAACACCUCUUGUAUUUGGCCUCGUUGUGUCUGUUGUCUCACACAAACACACCCUUGCAAGCCUGCCCAGAUUUUCCUCAGUGACUGGCCCCUGAGGCCCACUGCCCCACCCCCACAAGCUCAGCAGAAGUCUUUCCACUGGCUGUGUUGGGACAACUAAACAGCUUAACAUCA